GCAAAUAAUGUUGAAUAAACCUGAACUACACACGUUGUUGUAGUCCGUGUUAUAAAGCAAUAAAGCUUUUAUCAUUUCGACAGCUCCCAUAGAAGUCAUUGGUGCAUGUGUACAACGCGACAGGUUUUUCCUGCAUGAACUGCUGAAAUCGGACACUGCAAACAGUCAAGUGUACAAUCAGCAAGGUGUGCGAUACAUUUCACAAUUUCACAUUGCACCGAAGGCGCCUGAGAACUCUUCCCUCUGUCGCUGUCCACCGCCGACGAGGUGAUGAGAGUACUUGGACUUCGGCGGGGAACACCACUUAGAGGAACGAGGUAUGUGAGCUUUCCAUUUCAGGGCCGGCGGGAGAAAUACCGUCCAAGUCGCUGAACCGCACUGGAAAUCAUAAGAUGAUGAUGCCUUGGAUUUAAGUGUGGUGAUAUGAAUAACGCAUUGGAUGACAUAUCUGGAAGCCUUGGAGCCAAAGCGCAGAUUUACCAAAGUGGCCGGAGUAAUGGGAGCGAGGCUCUCGUCUCCUUGCGAGAGCCUUUACUGACACCAAAUGUCAAGAGGACUUCACCUUGCCAAGGCAACAGGUUUAAAAUAGAUACCAGUGAAGUUUUGCCUGGUCCACCGUCUUUUGCUGAAGGUCUUGCUCCAAAUCUCUCGCACUCUGCCCCCGACUCUUUACUACCUUGGACCAAAACAAGUGCAACUCAGGUAAUUAAGAUUUAUAAUGAAGAUAACAACAGCAGAGCGGUAGAGGUCCCCAGUGACAUUGUUGCCCGUGACAUAUGUCAACUGUUUGCCUUGAAGAGCCAGUGCAUCGAUGAACACAGCUUGACUCUUUACGAGCACCUCUCUCAUCUGGGAAUAGAGAGAACCAUUGAGGACCAUGAGUCAAUUAUGGAGGUAAUAUCCAGCUGGGGAAUGGAUGCGGACAACCGGCUCAAUUUUAGGAAAAAUUAUGCAAAAUAUGAGUUUUUCAGGAAGCCCUUGGACUUCUUCCCUGACCACAUGGUCUCCAUAUCUGGUGAGGCCAAUGGGGGGGUGGAUCACUCUCAACUUGUACAGAUCUUUCUCAGUGCCAGCACUUGCCCAGAGAUUCAUGGAUAUCUCCACACCAAGGAGCUCGGCAAGAAGUCCUGGAAGAAGUUGUACUUUAUCUUGCGGAGGUCAGGGCUUUAUGUCUCCAGUAAGGGAACUUCUAAGGACCCGUGGCACCUUCAUUUCAUCGCUGACUUCACUGACUCAAACGUCUACACACUGUUGUCAGCCAAAAAAGCACACGGGGCUCCCACUGAAUUUGGCUUCUGCGUUAAGUCAACCAAGUGCACGUCAUCCCGGGAUAUGAAGCUCCUGUGUGCAGAUGACGAGCAGACCAGGACGUGCUGGAUCACAGCCGUGCGAUUGUUCAAGUAUGGAAUGCAACUGUACCAAAACUUCAUGCAGCCACACCAGAAACAAAAAUCUUCCCCAAUGUGUGUUAAAGUGAUACCUGAGGAGUCAUUUCAGCGGAGCAUCUCAGAAAACUCCCUAGUGGCCAUGGACUUCUCGGGGCAGAAGACCCGGGUGAUUGAAAACCCCUCGGAGGUUCUCUCUGUGGCUGUGCAGGAAGGCCUGACAUGGAGGAGGAAAAGUUGCCACCGUCUGAGUGCACAUGGAAGCCCUUCAGCAUCCCAGAGCUCACUAAAUAUAGCUCUCCAUUUAGCACAGCCCUGGUUCCACGGCAAGGUUUCCCGGGAUGAAGCUCAGCGUCUGAUCACUCAGCAGGGUCCAGUUGAUGGGCUAUUUCUUUUGAGAGACAGUCAGAGCAACCCCAAAACAUUUGUACUGUCACUGUGCCACAUGCAAAAAGUCAAACACUUCCAAAUCUUACCUGUCGAUGACGCAGGCGAGUUAUCCUACAGCCUCGACGACGGCCACACGCGCUUCUCGGACUUGAUUCAGCUGGUGGAGUUUUACCAGCUGAACCGGGGGGUGCUGCCCUGCAAACUCAAACAGCACUGUACCGGGACCACCCUGUGACAACCGGGAGGGACCACUGCCGUGGAGGCCUCGCAGGGACCUCCUCUCAGAGGCCUCUUUUCUGGCCACUUACCCGCAGUGAUCUUGUGCACGGAAGCAAAAUUGUGCAAAGACCCGAGAAGCUUGCAAGGUGCGUCGUCCAAUGGCUAAAAGAGCAACAUUUGACACCAUUUAUAUGUCAGCUCUUACUGUAUAAUAUGAAAUGAUUAUAUUUUAUAAUUAUUAAAAUAAGCAUGCAUUUUUGUGCAAAGGAUGGAAGAUAUUUUCCCCCUUUUGUUUUAUAUUCAAAGUGUAUUGGUAAAAAAAACAAACGAAAAAAGCUUUAUAAUAAGAAAAAUUACAAUCUUUGAAUGAUCUUUUUGUCCCGCACUCAUAUUUUUUCCAGUUGUAAUGAAUAACCGAACAGUGAAUGUCAUCUUAAUUGUAAUAAAUUGUAAUAAUUUUUUUUUUGUGUGAUGUGUUGUGACAAGUGCAAGGUAGGAUUUCUGUUCUUUCAGCGUCGUUGUGGCCCACAGUAGGGCAAGGAAGCGGAUUUGGUUAACGGACUGGGUGUUCGAAAUGCAUCAAGGCAAUCCGCUCAUCCGAGAAUUGAAUAAAUGGCAAUAAAAAAUGGAAAAAAUAGAGUAAAAUAUCAAUACAUUAUAGUGAUAGUAUAAUGAAAUAUAUACAUAUCCUGAAUACCAUUAACAAAUAUGUAUUCGAUAUAAUUGCACAAUGAUACUGUAUAUACAAGUGCACACAUACAACUACAUGUUAAAACAGUAACUGAAUUCAUUUCAGGAGCUCAAUGCAAAAAGGCAAAGUCGCAUAUUUUAUAUACCGUAAUUCCCGGUCUACAGAGCGCACCUGGUUAUAAGCCUCAUCCAGUACAUUUAUAAAGGAAAUACCAUUUGGAACAUACAUACACCGCAGCUGUGUAAAAGCCGUAAGUGCCCACAUUGAAGCCCACACUGAAACCCACGUUGAAAAACGAGAUAUUUACAAAGAAAGAUAGUACACAGAGUUUAACGCUAGUGCUGCCACGCUAAUGGUAACGCUAGCGCCACACUAACAGGGCCGAUUAAAAAAAAAUAAAAAUCACGGCAGUAACACGGUAGCGCAGCGCUGACAUCGCUGGACCGGUAAAAGACACUUCCUCGGCACAUAUAUUCCACCCCCUUCUCACUCUAACCUUUUCCGCUCGAGUGCCCCCUUGUGGCCGUAGGAAAAAAUGCACAAAUUAGCCGCAUCACUGCAUAAAUCGCAGGCUUGAAAGCGUGUGGAAAAAAGUCGGGGCUUAUUGGCCGGAAAUUACGGUAUGCAAACGGUGGACUUCUGCGUUGUGUAGUUUUAAAGACCACGUUGUGAUACAUGAUUAAUCUUGGAGGCAAUCUCCAUUUAUUUGAAAUGGCUGCCGUAAACAAGGCAAAAUAAACUCUGACUUUUUCAUUUCUGUAGCUUCAAGCUAGGACCUAGACAACUGUAACAAAUAUAUCAUCCUCUACACAUACUAGAACGUGCAAACACACUUCAACCAUUAUGUAAUUUACCUAAACGUACAUCGUCGAAAAGAGGAGGGGGUGAAGACUGUCGCGGUACUUAUUACGGGAUGGUGUGUCCCCUCUAAGUAUACAUAGGGGUUCAGGGGCGGUACUUAAUUGCAACAUUCCACUCAGAGUUAAUA